AUGUCUGUCAGACGAGCUUCUCAUGCUGGAUCCUGGUAUUCGGAUAGUGCCCGAACGCUUUCCCGCCAGCUGGAUGACUGGCUGGAUCAAGUGCCCGAUGCUUUAGAUCAAGUCGGAUCCAUUCCAGUACCCGGAGGUCGAGUGAUCAUCGCACCGCACGCAGGCUAUGCGUAUUCUGGACCCUGCGCAGCCUUUGCCUACAAGGCUCUUGAUCUUUCCAAGGCAAAGCGCAUCUUCAUCUUGGGCCCAUCCCAUCAUUAUCCAUUGUCCACGCUGGCUCUACCCCAGGUCACCUCGUACGAGACCCCGCUCUCCGAUGAGCCUCUGCCGCUCGACACCGAUCUGAUCAGCGAGCUUCUCACCAAAGCGGCGACCAAGCCAAAUGGCACUACGCUCCGGUUCACCACCAUGAGCCGGUCGGUGGAUGAGGAUGAGCACAGCAUUGAAAUGCAGCUGCCAUAUCUCCAUCGCCUCUUGCAGGUGCAGCUCCCCAACACACCAACGGCGCAGUACCCACCACUCGUUCCAAUCAUGGUCGGGAGUACUUCGGCUGCGACAGAGCAAGCCUUUGGCACCUUACUCGCUCCGUAUCUGGCAGAUGAGGAGAAUGCCUUUGUAAUCAGUUCAGACUUUUGCCACUGGGGACUUCGUUUCCGCUACACCUACUAUGUGCCCCAGGCUCCUUCGCCCGGGCCAAGCCUCCCACUUUCAAGCUCCGACCUGCCUCAGCCAGGAGCCGACCUAGAUGAUGCCGCUGAACACAUCGAUUCUGUCUGCACGGGACAUCACCUGCAACGACGGGAUCGGAUUCCAGGGUCUGGUCCUGCCAUUCAUGAGAGUAUCUCUGCUUUCGACCUUGCAACCAUGACGGCCAUCUCCACGGGGUCGACUGAGACCUUUCUCGAUGCCAUCGAGCGUACGGGGAACACCGUGUGUGGUCGUCAUCCCAUCGGCGUGAUUAUGGCAGCGUUCGAGUCAGUGACUAAGAGCUCGUCAGGAAGCAAGAAUGGACUCUUCCAUUUCCUACGAUAUGAGCGUAGCUCUGAUGCGGUCGAUGUUGCGGAUAGCUCGGUCAGCUAUGUUGCGGCGGUAGCAGCUCUAUGA